AUGGCCCAAUCCCGCCUUUACAAGCCCCUUCAGAUAGGGAAUAUAGAAGUCAAGCAUCGUAUUGGAAUGGCGCCUCUCACGCGUCUCCGAGCGACCGAAGAUCGAGUUCCAACGGACCUCAUGAAGGAGUACUACGGUCAGCGAGCCGUUGAACCAGGCACUUUACUCAUUGCCGAAGGCACUUUCAUAUCAGCAAUCUGUGGCGGCUUCCCUCAUGCUCCAGGGAUAUGGCGGGAAGAUCAGGUCACUGCCUGGAAGCAAAUUACCGAUGAGGUCCAUCGCAAGGGCAGCUUCAUAUACUGCCAGCUAUUCGCAAUGGGCCGUGCUGCCGAUGUCGAGACGUCUCGUAGAGAGGGUGUUCCUAUCCUAGCACCCAGUGCUCUCCCCAUCGAUGAAGGAGCAGCAGUGCCCCGGGAGAUGACUAUUGGCGAGAUCAAGCAGACCAUCCAAGACUUUGUGAAUGCUUCAAAAAACGCCAUCCGCGCAGGAUUCGACGGGGUCGAAGUUCAUCUGGCAAAUGGCUAUCUAUUGGAUCAGUUUCUCCAGGAAGUCAGCAACAAGCGAGACGACGAGUACGGGGGCAGUAUUGAGAACAGGUCACGUCUUCCGGACGAAGUGAUUAAAGCUGUGUCUGCUGCCAUCGGGCCGUCGCGUGUCGGCCUUCGAUUAAGCCCGUGGAGCAGGUUCCAAGGCAUGGGAAUAGACAACCCCAUACCUCAGCACACAGACAUCAUCACCAAAGCUAGCAAGAUCGGCAUUGCCUAUAUUCAUCUGAUCGAGUCACGCGUGUUCGGUUCCCAGGAUGGGGAAGGUUCUGAGACUUUGGACUUUGCGUACAAUCUAUGGAAAGGUCCGAUCUUGGUCGGUGGCGGCUAUACUCCACAGGAGGCACAGGUUUUGGUGGAUGAAAAGCAUCCGGACAAAGAUAUUCUGGUGAUAUUUGGUCGACACUUCAUCUCUAACCCGGAUCUCGUUUAUAGGGUGAAGCAAGGACUGGCGCUCAAUGCUCAUAAUCGAGAUACGUUCUACAGGAUCCAGUCUGCUGUGGGCUAUUUGGACUACCCCUACAGCGCAAGGUUCCUGGACCACCUAGAGAGCACUAAGUCUCAAGCUUCGAGCGCACGCGUGUAA